CUAUAUUUUCUGUACUGGAUUAUCGAGUAUAUGAAGACACGACUCACUUCCGGGCUUUUUGGAGAUUUUUGUUGAUGUGUGAUAUUAACAAUGUUUUAUGUGUGAUAUCAACUUUGGAUUAGUUAUCUUGUUGUGAAAAAAUGGCUGAGGCGGAGGGGGCGGACAGCAAGAUGGAGGAAGCAGGGACGAAGAGUCCAGCGUCAAAGUUGGACACCUUGUCACGGGAAGAUCUCGUCAAGUUUGUCAAAAAGCAAAUGGUGAUGUUUCAAAAGACAAAGGCCAAAGUUGAAGAUCUGACAAAGAAGCUGCACUCUGCUGAGGGCAAACUGAGACAGGAGACUGCUGGCACUCAUGAAGAACUCGUCAGUGAGAUUCAGGGCUUAAAGGCUCAGCUGGCUGAGUGUGAGACCGAGAGAUCUGAAGCCGUUGCUGCCUACAACGCAGUACAACAAACUCAGGAACAGUCGGCCAGCACGAUCGAGGACCUCGAGACGCAGCUUUCAACAAUGAAAGAGGAGAACGAACAGAUUUGUGCCAAGUAUGUGGCCUUUGAGAAAAGAAACAAGGAUCUGAUGGAGCAGAUGGAGUGUAUGCAGAUGAAGGACUCGACCUUGACCUCGACCUUGAAGUGUAUGCAGGAAGAGCAGACUAAGUUUGCAAAUGACAAUAAGGACCUAGCAGGACAGGUGGCCCGACUGACGGAGGAACGCGAUGACCUAGUUCGUCAGAUCGAAAACCUGAGCAGUGCAGACCAGCAGAGACAGCAACAAGGAGAGAAAAAUGAUAUGGAGAAACUGAUCCAGCUGAAUGAGCUGAAGGAGGAACUCUCCAACCUCCAGAAGGCUAAUGACAAGUUUGAGGAGGAGAGGGUGUGUUGGGGGAAGGAAAGGGCGGAGUUGAUGCAGAAUCUGAAUCAGCAGGAGGCUGAGGAGACAGGGAAGUCUGAGCUGACACAGAAGCUGCAGCAGCAACUCGAGGCAGCUGAGGGGGAUGUGGAGCAGCUCAGGAGAGAUAUUGCUGGGAAAGAUGAAGAAAUCACAGCCAUCAGUAAAUCCCUGGAAGAAAAGGAUGCUGAAAUUGAGCAAAUGAAGACAGAGUUUAGAGAACAUAUGGAUGCAAACAACAAAACUAAAGGGGUUGAGCAGGAGAAGGAUGGUAGGAUUGAGGAACUUGGUCAACAGAUUGAGUCUCAAAAGUCUGAAAUUGAAAACUAUAAAACCAGGUUAGAAGCUUCUGAGGGCGAAUUGGCGAGUGUGUCCGAGAAGUUAAAAGAAAGUAAUUCUAGGUGUGAGGAUUUUGAAAGUGAAAAAGUGAAAUUAAAUGAAGAAGCUCAAAAGUUGAAUUCCAGGAUAGCAGAACUGGAAGAGGGAGAUAAAGAACAUGAACAGGCUGUUGAGAAACUGAGAACCAGAUGUAGUGAGUUGGAGGGCGAUGUUGCAUCCAGUUCAGGAGAUGCCAAGAAGGCUGUUGAUGAGCAAGUUGUCCACUUGGAGGAGAAGGUUCAGGCUCUGUUGGAGCAGAAGGAGAAACUGUGUGUGAAACUGGCUCAGGCGAACGAGACCAAGGACACGCUGAACUUUGAGGUUCAAGAGUUGAGGGCAGAGGUGGAGUCUGGGAACGCUGAUCCAGACACCCAGAAGGGCCAGAUUCAGGAGUGGGAGAGUCUGAUGGAGAUGUUGAAGAACGAUAAAGAUCAGGCUCUUCAGGAACUGGAAGAUUCAGAGAAAAGGGAAGAAAUGUGUCGCAAGGAGUUGGAGUUUCUCAUGACAUCUCUUCAUGAGGCUUUAACGGAGCGGGACACACUUCAGGAUGAGGUGUUCAAGAUGGCGGAGAAUCCUUUGAUGGAUGAGAUUAAGGAGAUGAAGGUGAUGAUAGAGGACAUCAUCAAUGAACGUAACGUCCUUCAGAAGAAAUGGGAUGUGGCCACAACUACCAAGAAAGAAUAUGAUGUUGCUAUGGAAACUUUGAAGAAAGAGAUAGAAGAGUCAAAGCAGGAUAAAGAGAACAUGGAAAGAGAGAAGGAAUCAGGAGCUGUUGUCAUGGAGCUGUCGCAGGAGAGAGAAAGCCAGCUGAGAGAAGAAUUAACUGAGAAGGAAACUUUGGUGGCAGACUGUCAAGAGAAGCUGAAUCAGGAGAUUGCCAAGGCAACAGCAGCUGAAUCAAGGGUCCAAGAAUUGGAAGAGGAAGUAUCAGGGUUGAACAGAGGCACAACUGAGAAAGAGGAACGGAUUGAAGAGAGACAAAACUACGCAGUAGAGCUGGAAGGUCAGAUUCUGGAGAUGUCCAAUUCUUUAGCCGACAGUAAGAACAGGUAUGGGAUGUUGAAGGAACAGUUUGACAAACUGACUGAGGACAAUGCUGACAUUGCUAGGUACUGCGAACAGAUUGAAGAGCUGGGCUCUCAGAGGGAUGAGGUAACUCGUCAACGUGAGAUGCUUCAGACACAACUGGAACAGCUGAAGGAGGAGAAUGUGCACCUGGAGGGGAAGGUUCAGACUCUUGGACAUGAUCUGCAGGGUGCUGUGGAAGAGAAAAUGAAGGUUGUUGAAGAACUUGCUCAUGUCAAAGAGGAACUAGGUCAAGUGAAUGAACAGAAUGAUGAAGGUCAAAGAGAACAGGAGGGAAUGAAAUCCACAUGUGAAGAACUUAAAAGUAAAGUUUCUGACUUGGAAAAUGAGAAGGUUGAUACGGAGCGUAGAUUGGAGGGUAAGGAUGCUGAGAUGAAAUCUUUGCAAGAGAAGUGUGAUGACCUGAUACAAGUUCAGGAAUGCAAGGACAGAGAGAUUGAAACACUGAAGACUGAGGUGAGCGAGAGACAACAGGAGAAAGUACAGGCAGCCACAGAGGCUGAUGUUGCUCAGUUAGAAGAGAUGGAGGUGCUCAAAUUGGAGAGGUCCGACCUGCAGGUUCAGUUUGUGAUGGUUCAGGAGAAACUGGCUGAGACGGAGAAGGAUAUUGCCUCAUUGCAGAGUGAAAUUCAGGCAUUGAAACAAGCUGGUGAAGAGACUUCAAUGGGAAGGGAGAAGGCAGCUGCGAGGGUGAAGGAGCUUGAGGAGCAGGUUGUCUUAGUUCAGGAAAAACUGUCUGAGUCGGAGAAGGAGGUCAUGGGGUUGCAGGAUGAGUUGCAGACACUGAGGGCAGAGGCAUCAGAUCGGAAAGACACUGAUGAUGAGAGAGUGAAGGAUCUUCAGGAUAAGCUGCUGAAGCUUCAGGAGGAGAAGGAAGCUGUGAGUAAUACAAGUACCAAGGAUAAGGAAGAGCUACAGGCUCAGGUUAGAGAACUUAAUGAAAGAUUGUCUCAGGGGGAGGAGGAAAAGGGCAUGUUGAACAACAAAUGUGAACAACUGGAGGCUGCUCAGAAGCAAAAGGACUCUGAACUUGAGGGUUUGAGAAUUGAUGUCGCUGACAAGAGUGAUCGUGUUGUGGAGUUGGAGAGGACUUUGGCUGAAAAUGUGAAGCUUGUUUCUGAGUUGAAGGACCAGAUGUCAGGUGAACAAUCAGCAGAGGCUGAGACAAAAGCUGAGUUUGCUACGUUGAAUGAAAGGAUGGAAAAUGUGACCGUUGAGUUGGAUGAUUUGAAAAAGGUAAAUUCAAGUUUGAGUGAAAGUCUUAAGGAAGCGUGUGAUGACAAGGAAAGGUUGAUGUCCGAAGUGGCUACUCUGCAGGGUGAUUUGAAACAUGUUAAAGAAGAGAAAGAAUCCUUGAACAUUUCCUUGAGAGAAAGAACAGAAGUAGUAACAGUGUUGGAACAGAAAUGUGCCGACCUUAAUGAGGGUUUGAGUGAAAAAGUCACAUUAGUUGAGAACAAUUCGCUUUUGAAACAGGAAUUAGCAUCACUGAAGGACUCGUAUGAGUCUGUUAUAUCUGACAAAAGUAGACUUGAUUCUGAUCUUGAAAGUUUUCAAACUCAGAAAGAUAAACUUGAAACUGAAUUACAUUCAGUGAGGUCCGAGCUUGUGACAGUGAAAGAAGAAAAGAAUAUGCUUAAUAGUGAUCUUUCUUCAAAAAUAGAACUGGUGCUAGAACUAGAGUCUAAGUGUGAAAAGCUUGAAAAAGAUAUUGUUGAGAAGGACCAAGCUUUUGAAGCAGUAGCCUCUGAUUCACAAGCUAAAUCACUGGAGGAGAUGAAGAGACUACAGAGUGAAAAGGAGUCGGUUGAGACCUCCUUGAAGGAGGUUGACAGUAAGCUGUCAGACGUUCAGAAAUCCCUUGUGCUAAAGGAGGAGGAGGUGUCUGCUGGCAAGUCUGUGGUGGAGGAGUUGUCCCGGAAGUUGGAAGAGGUGGAGGUGGAGGCUGAGGACCAGCUGCGGAAGAUGAAGGAGAGAGUUUCUGAACUUGAAAACAAUCUCCAGGAAUUGAAGGAAAAGAAUUCUGGUCUACAGGUUCAGGUUCAAGAAACUACAGUCAAGGAAACGGCUGCAUUGCAACAGAGCAGUAGUUCUGGGGAUGAGGUCGGGCGGCUGCAGAAGGAGGUGAAGACCAAGGAGGAGAUGUGCAGCAAACUGAAGCAGCUUGCCAUCAAGUCCAAGAAGGAGGCCAGUGAUGCUAAGUCCAAGCUUGAGAAUAUAACAAAGGAACUUGAGUUUGCAAAGAAAUCAUUGGUGGAAACAGAGGAGAAGUUGCAGAAUGUCCAGACUGAGAGCAGUAACUCUUCUGAAACCAUACUCUCAGAGUCCAGGCAGGCUCAGGAGAAUUAUAAGGGUCUACAGGCGGACUAUGACCAGGUCCAGGACCAGCUUGAUCAGGAGAGACAGCGGUCAGCCCAGGCCAAGACAGACCUCCAGCAGGCUGUGGAGCAACUGACUGCCCUCAAGCAGGAGCUGGCCGACACCAAGGAGGAGAAGGAUAGACUCAACAGACAGAUCGAGUCCGCCUCCACAGAUGUCAGGACCCGUGAGGCUGGCCUUGAGGAACAAAAGGCCAAGGUGAAGGCCAUGGAGAGUGAGACGUCUGCUCUGCGUAUACAGCUGGAGGAGCUCGUCAAGGACAAACAGAAGGCCGACGAGGACAACCAGGAGAGGGAGACACAGCUGAAGGCAGACAUAGAACAGCAGAAGAAGAUUGUGGUGAAGAAGGAGGAGGAAAUCAAGAGACUGCAGGAGCAGCUGGGCACAGCUAAACAGGAAGCCAGUCAGAGCAACAUGAUGGACCUGGAAAUGGCAGACUACGAGCGGACGGUCCGCACUCUCAACGCACAGCUACAAGAGAAGGACUCCAUCAUGGAGAAGAUGAAGUCAGAGGUGGACCUGAUGGAGGAGAACUCGGCCAGACUCAAGGAACAAAUGGAGAAGGUGGAGGAACUUCGUCUCCAGGCCGAGGACCGCGGCAACAAACUGAAGCAACUCCUGGUUAAGACCAAGAAGGAUCUGGCUGACGCCAAGAAAGUGGAAUCUGAGCAGAGGACGUCCUCAGCUCAACUGCAGGGUCAGAUGGAGCACCUGAACCAGCAGACAGAGGACUACAAGCUGCAGUUUUCCGAGCUGGCAGGCGAGAACCAGCGUCUCCAGGAGAAGAUGAAGACGAUAUCGGACUCCCACCAGCGCACGGUGCGGUCACUGGAGACGCGUGUGCACACACUACAGGACGACCUGGACAUCGCUCACGGGGAGCUGAAAGCCACACAGGCCGAGUACGACAGCUACAAGGUUCGAGCCCACAGCGUCCUGCGGCAACAGAAGACGAAGUCUCCACAAGAUUUGACCAAGGAGGUUGAGAUGCAGGAGAAAGAGAGGCUGGAGGCUGCUGUAGAACAACUGAAGUUCAAACUGCAGCAGGUCAGCGAGCGGCUGAGUUCGUCCCAUUCAGACAUGGAGGUUCUCCAGGAGGAGCAUGAGCGUCUCCAGCAGCGACAUGACAACCUCCUGCUGGACCUGGACACCAAGGAGGCCGCCUACAGGAAGAGGUUGGAGGACGUGUCUGCAGAGAAGACCAGCAGUGCUGUGGAGCAGCAGGAACUCAUCUCGCAGCUGACCUCACAGAACGAGACACUCGCCGUCUCACUCAAGGAGCAGAUCCGAGCGAUGCAGGAUGACCACAACAAGGCCCAGGAGUUUCUGCAGAAGCAGCUUGACCUUGCCGACACCGAGAACCUCCGCCUCCAGAGGGAGCUGCAACAACAGCUACAAAGGUCACUGAGGGUCAAGGACAGCAGUGAGACACGCGACUCACCGCUGGAGUCUGUGGCAGAUUAUAUGCAUCCUGAAGAGCGACAGGAAGGGGAGGGAUCUGAGAUCAACGACCCUGAGCCAUGCCCAAAGACAGCCGUGAGUCCUGUCAGCUCCCUCUCCUUCGAGCAGCUGCUGAAGACGCCCUUGGAAGAAGGACAAAUGUUGAAGAUAGAGCCAGGUGUUGAUGAAGAAACGCUGAAAACCAGCCUUGUGACAGCUCACAAGAGGAUUGAGCACCUAACAGAGUUGCUGACCGACAGCGAGGAGACUGUCAACCUCUACACGGAGCAGGUGAAGAUCCUCAAGGGGGAGAUCCGCCGACUGGAGCGGAACGAGGAGCGGGAGAGUGAGACACGCAACCUGGAGUACCUUAAGAACAUCCUGAUGAAGUUCCUGUCGCUGAAGGUGGGGGACGAGAGACAGCAGCUGGUUCCUGUCCUCACCACCAUGUUGAAACUCAGCAAGGAGGAGAUGGACAAACUGAACGCCGUCGCUCAGGGGGAGGAGGUGCCAGUAGCUGGGCAGGCAGCAGGAUGGGGCUCCUAUCUACAUCGCUGGUCCGGGCUGGUGUAGUCACAUGACAGGCCAUGUGACGGUCACAUGACUUGUAGACGGAAUCGUAUUCAUUUCUGUGGCCUUGGGACUGUCACGUGAUACGAAAAGAAGAUCGUCAGUAACAGUGGCUUAUGUUGUCACAUGACCUGAAAGUGGAAUCAUAUCUACGUUAUUGGAGUGUCACAUGACAUACCGUGUGACUGUCAGGGGCCAUCAAGGAAGGAUUGUCUACACCAUGAGGAAAUUAUGGCCGACUGUGUUUAAUACUGACAAUGGAUCUGCACUUGCGCAGAGCACCAUGGGGGGGUCAUUCACUGGUACAUAUCAGAUCAGGAAUUUGACAAACCAGGGUUUUUUUUAAGAAAGCAUAUUUUGUGAGUUCCUUUGUGUUAUUUAUGUAAAUGAGCAUGUGUUUUGGAGAAAGUGGGCGUUUGUGUGAACUGAAGCUUGAGAGAGGGAGAAUUUGUGUGCCCAGAUUGUAUUGUGAUAUGUGGUUGCUUUUAAUGUAUACUUCUAGAGUUUUAGAGAUUACGGGGGAUGUAUUUUCUAUGUGUUGAACACUCUUUGAGGGGUAUAUGUGAUAUUUUGGGGGGUUGUCUGAUCCCCUGUUGGGAUUCACCUAUGGAUAUUUAAAUGUUCGAGGUUCGAUUCCCCACAUGGGUACAAUGUGUGAAGCCCAUUUCUGGUGUUCCCGGAGUAUUGCUAAAAGCGGCGUAAAACCGUACUCACUCACUCACUCAGUGAUUGAAACAGUCACAGGGGAGGAGAGACUUCCAGGUUUCUGUACAUUCCACAAUUUGCCAUCACCAGGAUCUCCGUGCCUACACAAGCUGUUUUAUGACCACCUUAUCAUGUUCAAAUCUAAAUAUAAUGUCGCAUCAACAUUUUAGUUCAAAAGUUAACACAACACAUGAAUAUUCCUUGACACCAAGCAGAGUUGCUUCCCUUAACUGCCAGGAUAUGAUGUGUUUCCCAAAUUUGCCCAACAUUGUAACACUGCUUCUGAAAACAAUCUCGGAUGGUGCCUUGUGACUUAAACACUCAAGUUUUGUGUCCUGGUUGCAGUUAAGUGGAUGUUUGUUUUGAGCAUUAGAGUACAAAGAGUUUAUAAAGUAGGCAUCUUUAGCAGAGGGAUGUCCUCAGAUCUUUGUGUAUUGGAAGUGAGCACUAAGAUCUGAUUUUAAUGAGAUUGCCUCAUUGACAAGUAGCAUUUGUCAGCUGUAAUUCUGAAUUACUCAAUACUUCAAUUUUGCAACAAAUUGGAACUGUAUAAAACUGAUAGUGAAAGUAAGCAUUUCUGUCUCGUUCAAGCAGGACUAGUUACAGACUCUGAGGACUAGUGAAAUAAGGUUUCCACUAGCCUGCUAGUCUUAAAUGCUAGGGCUGGGAUGAGUCCAAAAUUACUACCCGGGUACCCACACCCCUAUUACCCGACCCUACCCGGGUACCCACUGUUGGUGGCAAGAGAUAGGUACAAAAUGUCCGAUUGGGAAUAGUUUGACAGUAACCCUGGCAGAAUGUUUUUAGAUAAAAACGUAUAAAACGAUGUGGUCAUGCAUACACUGAAGUUGACUGAAGUUUUAGCUUUGUUCAAACAUAUAUAAGUCAGAAGGAACGUGUUCAUAGCCAUGGAGAAAUGCGAACAUUAGAGACUUCCAAUUGUCAUGUAACCAUGUAGUUAUACUGUGAAUUUCAGUCAUGAAACAAUAUAUCACGUGACUAUCACGGGUCCUACUCAGUACCCACCCGACCCGGGUACCCGAUUUACCCGUCCCAGCCCUAUUAAAUACCGAACUCGACCCAACAUGACCACCAUGAGGACUAGUGUUAAAAAAGACCAAAAUUCAAAGGCAGGAUUGUAAUGAUAAGUGUUAAUGUCAACAGAAGUCCAUUAAUCUAUAUUAAGUAGUCAUACCCAAGCAGUAUCUAGCAGCUAAGCCAACGAGAGUGCUCUCCCUUGAGUUGUAACAAGAUGGCCACCAUGCUGACCACAUGGUCUGAAUAAAAGGGCUUUUUAACACGAAGUACCUUUCUUCAGUUAUUGUUACAAACCACUACAAUGAUUGUGUUGUAUUUAUGUUGUAAAUGAAAAGUAGACUAGAAACAAGCUGAGAACAAUGUAUAUAUGGCAGGAGGGAGACUAGUCCCAAAGCCCUCAAUGAGUAUUAUGUGGUAGGAAACUCGUUGUCUUUCAAUUCAGACCAAGAUACUUGCACAGCUUACUGUUGGUUGUAAUUUCGGUGUAGAUGUUUAUAUAUCUGUAUGUGUUGUGUAAUUAUUUACCAUGUAACAAUAGUACUUUGGGUGUUAAAUGUCUUUAGAUGAGAUGGUGUUAAAUGUUCCCAGAAGACUGGGUGUUAAGUGUCCCAGAGGAUUGGGUGUUAAGUGUCCCAGAGGAUUGGGUGUUAAGUGUCCCAGAGAAUUGGGUGUUAAGUGCCCCAGAGGAUUGGGUGUUAAGUGUCCCAGAGGAUUGGGUGUUAAGUGUCCCAGAGGAUUGGGUGUUAUAUGUCCCAGAGGAUUGGGUGUGAAAUGUCCCAGAGGAUUGGCUGUUAAGUGACCCAGAGGAUUGGGUGUUAAGUGACCCAGAUAAUUGGGUGUUAAGUGUCCCAGAGGAUUGGGUGUUAAGUGUCCCAGAGGAUUGGGUGUUAUAUGUCCCAGAUGAUUGGGUGUUAUAUGUCCCAGAUGAUUGGGUGUUAUAUGUCCCAGAUGAUUGGGUGUUAUAUGUCCCAGAUGAUUGAGUGUUAAAUGUCCCAGAUGAUUGGGUGUUAUAUGUCUUUAGAUGAGAUGGUGUUAAAUGUCCCAGAUGAUUGGGUGUUAUAUGUCCCAGAUGAUUGGGUGUUAUAUGUCCCAGAUGAUUGGGUGUUAUAUGUCCCAGAUGAUUGGGUGUUAUAUGUCCCAGAUGAUUGAGUGUUAAAUGUCCCAGAUGAUUGGGUGUUAUAUGUCCCAGAUGAUUGGGUGUUAUAUGUCCCAGAUGAUUGAGUGUUAAAUGUCCCAGAUGAUUGGGUGUUAUAUGUCUUUAGAUGAGAUGGUGUUAAAUGUCCCAGAGGAUUGGGUGUUAAGUGUCCCAGAUAAUUGGGUGUUAUAUGUCCCAGAUGAUUGGGUCUGUUUAAGACAUGAGUCUCUAAAUACCAGAAUUCAGGCACGAGUGUCGUAAACAUGGUAUGACAUGAACUCGGAAUAUAAUGUUCUAUUUAUUACCGAAGAAGACUGCAAGUUGCAGCAGCAGCAGAACCCCAGUUUGUCAAAUGACGUCAACAAUCUCCAGCUAUGACGUCUGUUCUCACGUCACAUUAAAAUUCAUUUACAAUGGAAACAAUACACAGUUGUCUCGUGACAUGAUAUGACACAAGGGCACAUAGGAUCUUUAUGGAUCCCGAUAUGUUUGCCCUCGUACAUAAUAAAGUGAAGGUAGUGUGGGUCUGGGACCGGGUUUGGGACCAUGUCUGGGACCGGGUCGGGUUCAUGAGGGGUUGGAGUGGUGGUUUAUUCUGUGUGUAAUGUGUAUUCUUGUGUAUUUUUUGUUUGUUUGUUGUUUAACGCCGCACUCAGCAAUAUUCCAGCUACGGCAGUCUGUAAAUAAUUGAUUCUGGACCAGACAAUCCAGUGAUUGACAUCAUGAGCAUCGAUCCACGUAAUUUGGAUACGAUGACAUACAUCAACCAUGUCAGCGAGCCCGACCACCCGAUCCCGUUAGUCGCCUCUUACGGCAAGCAUGGGUUGCUGAGGACCUAUUCUACCCCGGAUCUUCGCGGGUCGUGUUAUGUGUAAAGUACAGUAUGAAGGAUGACUGAUAUGAUCAAUGAUGGUUCCUUUUGUAAAUAGUUCAAUGUAUUAGUUUCAGUGUGAAAUGAUGCAUAUCUUUAGCAAACAUUCUUGUGCAUGUCUGUGUGGACGGACUCCCAAACAACCAUAUUGUGAAAAAUAAUGUUUAUCAUAACCAUGUUACUUUCAUCAACAUAAUUGUGAAAUAGGUGGCCUUUGUGUAAUAAUAUAUAUGUUAUUGAGGUAUGUGAUGUUAUAUUUUCUGUUGUUGUAGCAUUAGAAGACUUUAUUUUUUUAUUCUAAUCCUGAAAACAAAGGGCGGACCAUUUGAUAUUCAAAGGAGAGGGCACUUUCGGACUUUCCUCCCACAUUUAGCUGACACGCCAUGACAUAACUGGAAUACUGUUCAAAGCGUUGUAAAACCCAACUCACUCACUCAAAGGAGCGGGCACUUUCGGGCUUUCCGCCCUGAUUAGGCUGACGCAAUGAUAUAACUAAAAUGUUAUUCAAGGCGAUGUUGAACACAUCUCACUCACUCACUCACCCACUCACUCACUCAGGAGUUGCUGGAAUAUAUAAUAUUUUUUGAGUAAGGAUAAGAUAUACGAAGAAGGUCAUGACUUACUUGAUCACGGUGUUAGAAUCUUCACCGAAACGUUGCUCGCAAUUUAGUAAAGAAGUUGUCCAUCCAUAAAUCUUAUCCUUACUUGGUACUCAAACUUAUAAAUGCCUCUCAAAGAAAUAUUUUUUAAGUCAGUACUUAGAAAAAUACAAUUCUUCCUCUGAAGAGGAGCCCAAAAGUAUCUUUUAAAACAUCCAGCAUGUGGAAACAUGAUAUUUUUCCAGCAUUUUCAGAAACAGAAAUGUCCCAAAUCCCUGCUGAAUAUGAAAUGAUCUGCCACUUGAUGUGGGACCUGAUCCAUGAGCCUUGCCAGGGUGUAUGCGAGUUGAAUUGUGUCCUCGGGGGACCACCAAGUUCCAACUCCUAGCAGUCAUUAUGUUGAAGUUGUAUAUCAUUCAGAACCAUGGAUUCGAGGGUUUGUCUUCAUGCCAAAAACCUGGGUUCAAUUCCUUACAUGGGCACAGUGUGUGGAGCCCAUUCUUGAUGUACCAGGCUAUUAAUGGACAAAAUACUAUUGAAUCAUGUACUUGUGUUUAUUUAACUUGACAUGAAGCCAGACAUGAGUCACUUCUACUGCAGUAUCAGAUACUAUUCGUAUGACAACAAUUCCAAACAAUCAGUCUUGUUCAGUACCAAACAGGACACUCAUAAUAUUUAUAUAAAAUGUUAAGUAGCAUAGUACCUUUGACCUUUCACAAAGUAAUGUGAUUGAUAACACAAGUUACUUUCAGCUUUCAAGCUCCAUCAGGACGCACGGGUGGCCCAGUCAUCUAAAACACUGCAAUUCAUGUCAGUGUUGUGUCCCUUAGGCAUGCUAGAACCAUGAUCGUGGUUUGAAGCCAAGAUUCACCCGAUAAUGUUUCUUGGUUUGUCAGCACCAUUCCCAUGCUUGUGGGUGCCAAAGUGGUAGAUGACCUCUUACCUUUCCUCCCACAAGCGAACACGCCAUCAUAUUCUGGAGAUACUGCUCAAAGCAGCUGUAAACUAAACUCACUCUGACCAGUGUCAUUAACCUGUCCUUCUGGAUGGGUUCCAGGUUACCUAUCCCCAGAAACUUAGCGUCAGUGGACAGGUACUGUCAUCCUGUACCCUGUCUGUGAUGCUCCUCAUGACUCCAUCACUGGGUUAUCUGGCCCUGAUACGAUUAUUUACAGGCCAUCGUCAUAAAGCUGAAAUAUGGCAUUCUGAAAUAUUCUCAUUUGCUGAGAAUAGUGUAUCCAUGUCUGUGUUUUGACAUCACAAAAGAUACUUUAUUGGUGGAACAAGACUUGAAUGGUUGCAUGUCACUGAACACCCUGUUUACAUGUGCUUCAUUAAGUCAAUACUGUGGUAUGAUGAUGUAUUAUGUCCAGGUUUAGUAUUGCCAAUGUCUAUCAGAAGAUCUAUUUUCUGGGCUAUUUUUGUCAUGAGAUUGAAUGUGUGAAUGUUUAAACUUUCUUGGGAAUAAUAAAUAUUUCAAAGUC